AUGGCCUUCUUCAGGCAGGUCUGGACGCUCAUGUCCAAAAACUUGCGCACCAUGCUCUUCCGUCACUUGACGCUCUGCAUAUUCAUGGCCUUCUUGGUUCCUCUUAUCCUCGCCUCAUUUUUCAGCUUUGCCAAAAAUCUCUUCGCCCCUCCCGCCAAGUAUGGUAUAUCGCAGCCCUAUCCCGUUAUGAGCAUCGGAGACGCUUUGCGUAUUGGCGUACGGCAAGAUCGCAACAAGAUCGUUCUAAUAAACAAUGGAUUUACCGGAGGAAACAUUGAUCGUGUUCUUAAUGAAGUUGAGACCGCCAUUAAAGAUGCCAACUCCGCCGUGGACAUUGUGCACCUAAGUAACGAAACCAACCUACCUCUUGAAUGCCGAAGCACUCUUCGUGGUGUUACGCGUUGCUUUGGUGCCGUUGUUAUGCGAUCUUCACCAAAUGAAGGCCCAGGAGGAAUCUGGAACUACACCAUUAGAACCGACGCCGCCUUUUAUACCAGCGCUGUUACGAUCAAUAUCAACAAAAACGACAAUGUCGAACAAGUCUAUCUGCUGCCAAUCCAGCGCACCAUUGACGCUAUUAUUGGACAAGAUGCAAACCCCGGUAGCAAGACCGCGCUGGAUAACAUCAAGGAAUACCCAUUCACUAGUCUCACCAGUGAAGAGCGCGACACCAAGGUUCGAGAGCUCUUCCACAAUGCAGUCAUUAACUUUAUGGGUGUGGCAUUCAUCGCCAACGUUAUAUGGAUUACGUACCAUUUGACGGGAAUCAUUGCCUCAGAGAGGGAAAGUGGCAUGUCUCAGCUGAUUGACGCCAUGAUGCCAGUCCGAUGGGCCUUCCUCGGCCAAGCAGCACGAUUCAUCUCCCACCACCUAUCCUUCUCUCUCAUCUACCUUCCAGCAUGGGUGAUUGGAUCUCUGAUUAUCCGCUACGGUCUCUUUCCCAACACUAGCAUCGCCAUUGUUCUGAUUUAUCAGAUCCUCGCCGGCGCGUCGUUUGCGUCCAUGUCGAUUCUGUUUGCUUCCUUCUUCAAAAAGGCCCAACUCAGUGGUAUCACCGCAACCCUAUCAACGCUUCUGCUGGGAAUUCUCGCUCAAGCACUUACCCGACCUGGAACUGUUCCAGUAGCCAUCUUAUCAGCCAUCUUUGCGCCUUGCAACUAUGUCUUCUUCAUCAUCCACAUGGCCCGGUUCGAAAAGCGUGAUAUGGGCGCUAACCUCACCACUAUCCCCAAAGGCUCGUCUUGGCAGCUUACAGGUAUUGUGUUUUGGAUUCUGAUGAUUAUCCAAAUUAUCGUUUACCCCCUCAUUGGUGCAUUUGUCGAGCGCGGCUUUUACGGAACCUCCACUAAAGGACGCAAACUGGUAACUGGUUCAUCUGGAGAACAGGCCAUGGGUGACAAUGCCGUUGUGCUUGAAAAUUUCACAAAGGUAUAUAAGCCUGGUUUCUUCACAAGACUCUUUGCUUUUGGCCAGGCCUCAGAGCCGGUAGUUGCGGUCGAUAAGCUAAGCUUCCAGGCUGGCCGUGGGCAAAUCAUUUGUCUCCUAGGAGCCAACGGCAGUGGUAAGAGUACAACUCUUGAUGCUAUUGCUGGCCUCCAUAAGUUGACAAGCGGUUCUAUCACCAUUGAUGGAACUGGUGGUCUCGGCAUUGCCCCUCAAAAGAAUGUGCUGUGGGACGAUUUGAACGUUGAAGAACAUCUCCGCAUCUUCAACCGCCUCAAGUCCCCCAAUACCAGAGCGACUACGGAGGAAAUACACGCUCUCAUCAAGGCUAUCGACCUGUGGACCAAGCGAAAGGCUCUAUCAAAGACUUUAUCUGGUGGACAGAAGCGUAAGCUUCAACUAGGCAUGAUGUUGACUGGUGGUAGUGCCGUCUGCUGUAUUGACGAAGUUAGCAGCGGCCUCGACCCACUCUCUCGUCGCAAGAUUUGGGAUAUCCUUCUCGCCGAGCGUGGCAAGCGUACUUUGAUUCUCACGACCCAUUUCCUCGACGAGGCCGACCUUCUCGCAGACCAUCUCGCCAUUCUUUCCAAGGGUACGCUGCGUGCGGCCGGUUCAUCGGUUGAGCUCAAGGAUACUCUUGGUGGUGGAUACCGUGUCCAUGCGUACAAAUCCUCUGGUCAAAAGACUAUGCCUUCUGUCCCUCAAGUCAAAAAGGUCGAUGCUUUUGACAUGGUCACCUACACGGCACCUGCCUCCGCGUUGGCCGCAAAUGUUAUCAAAGAGCUUGAAGCGGUCGGUAUCCACGAUUACCGAUUUUCUGGCCCUACCAUUGAAGAUGUGUUCCUUCAAUUGGCGGAAGAAAUCAGGGACGAAGAAAUCAUGCGUGGUAGUGAAAAGGCUGUCGGAGCAUCUGAAAAGACGCCAGACGAUGCGAAGUCACAACGAAGCGCAUCUCAACGUCAGGGAAUAACCCUCGUGGAUGGUCAACGCAUUGGCUAUUUCAAACAGGCAAGGAUCCUCUUUGCGAAGCGUCUAAUCAUUCUCAAGCGAAAUUGGAUCCUGUAUUUCGUUGCGUUCAUCUUGCCUAUCAUCGCUGCAGCACUCACUUCACUCUAUGUCAAGGGCAAGCCUCAGACUGGUUGUUCGCCUCUCGACCAAGUUUCUCAAUCCAGCACACAAGAUGCCUUUAGUCAGGUUAAAUCAGACAAGGUCAUCAUGUUCGUUGCGGGUCCCUCUUCUGCCAUCUCCCAGAACAACCUUCUGCAGCUUUUCAAGCCCAUCUUAGGCGGCAUCAAGGGCGUUAGUAGUAUUGCCGCAGGUGCUGCUCUCAAAAACCUGAAAAUCGUUGACAGCUAUGCCUUAUUCGAUGAUUUUAUCAAAAACAAUCGCAAGAAUGUGACAACUGGCCUAUGGCUCGGAGGUGACGGCGUGGAUCCAACCUUUGCUUGGGUCGGCAACCUUUAUCUUACCAGCUCUCUCAGCGCACAGCAAUUCAUGGAUGUUAUUCGCACCAACACUUCCAUCGCCACUACCUGGUCAUCAUUUGAUGUUCCUUUCAACCCUGGAAUUGGAGACGCCUUGAACCUUGCCAUCUACAUUGGCCUCGCCCUCUCCAUCUAUCCUGCCUUCUUUGCCUUGUAUCCUAGCAACGAACGACGACGUUUUGUCCGCGCCCUCCAAUACUCCAACGGCGUUCACCCGUUCCCUUUGUGGGUUUCGUAUCUGCUCUUUGACUUUAUCAUUGUGCUACUGAGCUCGGCAAUCGUUACCGCCCUCUGGAGUGGACUUUCUGGCAUUUGGUAUCACAUCGAGUACAUCUUUAUCGUCUUUUUCCUAUACGGGUUGACUUCAACGCUCCUGUCUUAUAUCAUCUCCCUCUAUGCCAAAUCUCAGCUGGCUACCUUUGCCUGGGCUGCCGUUGGCCAAUGCGUUUGCUUCCUCAUCUAUCUCAUUGCAUACGUCUGCAUUUUGACAUAUGUUUCUGUUCGCAAGAUGGAUUCCGCCAUUCACAUCGCCCACUUCGUUAUCUCUGCCGUUGCUCCCAUAGGCUCUGCUAUGAGAGCUGUCUUCCUGGUAACCAACCUGUUCUCUACAGCUUGUGAUGGCAACGAGUUAUCAAGCAAUCCUGGGGGCUUGCUGGCGUAUGGUGGUCCUAUUCUUUAUCUUGUUGUCCAAGCUGUUAUACUCUUCGGCCUGCUCAUCUGGCUUGAUGGUGGAUCCCCUGGGUCAUCAAUCCGCAGUCUUUUCGAACGUCACCACGACAAUGCAACAGAGAACGACAAUGAUGAGGAGAUUGCAAACGAAUUGGCACGUGUCAACAGCGACGCUGGAACUCAUGACGGUCUCCGAGUCAUGAACCUGACCAAAUCUUUCGGCAAGAACACAGCUGUCGAUAAUGUUACCUUUGGCAUCAAACGCGGUGAAGUCUUUGCAUUGCUAGGCCCCAACGGCGCUGGAAAGUCCACAACUAUCUCGCUCAUCCGUGGAGACCUGAAGCCUAGCCACAAUGGCGGCGACAUCUUUGUUGAAGAUAAAUCUGUUAUUAGAAAUAUUGCUGCCGCUCGCCAGAAUCUAGGUGUCUGCCCUCAGAUUGAUGCCAUGGAUCAAAUGACAGUUCGUGAGCACCUGGAAUUUUAUGCCAAGAUUCGUGGUAUUGCAGACAUUCAACACAAUGUCACGGCAAUCAUGGAAGCUGUUGGUCUCACAGCAUUUGAAACUCGCAUGGCUUUUGCUCUGUCUGGUGGCAACAAGAGAAAGCUCAGUCUCGGUAUUGCUCUCAUGGGUAAUCCCGCUGUCGUGCUCCUGGAUGAGCCUUCCUCUGGUCUCGACGCAGCAUCUAAGCGAAUUAUGUGGAAGACUUUGGAGGCCACAGUACCUGGACGAUCCAUCCUUCUUACGACUCAUAGUAUGGAGGAAGCUGAUGCUCUUGCCGGCCGAGCUGGUAUUAUUGCACGCCGAAUGCUCGCACUUGGCACGCCGGAUAACCUCCGCCGACGCUUUGGUGAUGAUCUUCACGUCCAUCUUGUAUCAAACACAGCACCUCGAACGUCGGAUGCCGAGAUGGAAAGAAUCAUGCGUUGGGUUCAAGCAAAACUUCCCUCAGCCACUGUUGAAGACAAAAGCUACCACGGCCAAACCCGAUUCUCCGUGCGAGCAGCCGAUAUCCUCGCGCUCUCUGGUCGCGAGGUUUCUGAGAAGAGUCUGGGAUCUGAGGAUGAUGCAGAUGUGAAUAAUACCAGAGAAACUCAGAGUGCCCUUGGACAGCUUGUUGUUCUGUUGGAGGAGCACAAGCAAGAACUCGGCAUCAGCCACUUCAGUGUCAGCCCAACAACACUGGAUCAGGUCUUUUUGACGAUUGUCGGCCAGCAUAAUGUUCGAGAAGAAAAUUAUGAAGAGAAGCGACGUAGCGCGUGGAAGCGAACGUGCUGUAUUGGUUAA